AUGGCCGGGUUGCAAAGGUCUUCAACAUCCUUUAGGAGACAAGGAUCCUCAGGUCUUGUAUGGAAUGAUCAGUUCUUAUCAGGAGAUUUGAGAAAAUCGAGGCAUAACAAUCAAGAAGAUUUCAACAAAGAGAACGACGUUGAAUAUAGAGACCUGAGGCCAUCCCGCAGCGUAGGAUCAAUCGGCUUGAUGGAGCGACGUGGCAGAUUCACCGGAGGUACCGAGUGCCGAACGGUCAAGGUCCCACCACCAACCGUCGAUCCUCCUUCUCCUAAGGUUGCCGGUUGCGGCCUCUGUGGCAUAUUUGGGAAGCCAACCAUCGUCAACCAACCCAAAUCAAAUAACAUGCGUAGGUCGAAGUAG